AUCUUUAAUUAAAUGGUUAGCCUAGCUGUUAGAAAAUAUAUAAUCAAGUGUUUUCUUAAUUAAAAAUAGUUAACUGUUUAAUGCGUGUUUAUAGUGCGUUCAUAAUAGUUUUGUGAUAUAAUUUUUAAAGUUUUGUGAUUUAUAGUAGCUUAAAAUCAAUUUAUAAGAAUGCCACCUAAAGAAAACUUAAAUAUACCUACAUCUACCAAUCAAACAACUUGUGGAACGUCAAAUGGAACAAAGACAUCACAAGAUAAUGAAGAAUCUGAUAAGAAAAAUCUUUUUUCAACAAACAUUGCUUUUGUAAAUAGUAAUAAUAAUUUUCCAUUAAAAAAACUACCUAAUAUUCAAGCAACUACAGCUAAUAAAACAGCAAUAGUACCAAAUGACAAUAGUGCAGAUAAAAAAGAUAUAGAUUUCGAUGAUAUAUUACCAUAUAUUGGUGAAUUUGGUAAUUAUCAACGAAUCUUAUUCAUGUUAAUGAUUCCGUUUGCAUUUUCGGUUGCUUUUGUAUAUUUUACACAAAUUUUUAUAACUGUUAUACCGGAAAACUAUUGGUGUUAUGUGCCAGAGCUAUCAAACUUUACAAUUGAACAAAGAAAAUCUUUGGCAAUUCCCAAAAAAUUACAAAGCGAUGGCCAAUUUGGUUAUGAUCAUUGUUUAAUGUACGACAUCAAUUAUGAAAAAUUAUUGGAGCAACCUGAGUUUGAAAUUGAUCCAAAUACACCGGUCGUAUCGUGUAAAUAUGGCUGGGAAUUUGAUUUUAGCGAUAUACCAUAUCCAACAAUAUCUACAGAGUUAGAAUGGGUAUGUGAUAAAGGUACAUAUCCAUCGAUUGCCCAAGCGAUUUUUUUUGGCGGUGCUAUUACUGGAGGUUUAUUAUUUGGAUGGAUCGCUGAUAGUUAUGGUCGUAUUCCAGCACUUAUUGGAUGUAAUAUGGUUGGAGCAAUUGCUGGUAUUGCAACAAUAUUUUUCAAUAAUUUCCUAGGAUUUUGUAUUUGUCGAUUUUUUGUUGGUAUGGCAUUUGAUAAUUGUUUUACAAUGAUGUACAUUUUAGUUUUGGAAUACGUUGGACCACAAUGGCGAACAUUUGUUGCAAAUAUGUCAAUAGCAAUUUUCUUCACAUUUGCAGCUUGUAUAUUACCAUGGUUAGCAUAUUUUAUAGCCGAUUGGAGAAUUUUAUGUAUUGUAACUUCGUUACCAUUAUUUGCAGCAUUACCAGCACCAUGGAUUUUACCUGAAUCAGCCAGAUGGCUGGUAUCAAAAGGAAAAUUGGAUAAGGCUUUUGGAAUACUAAGAAAAUUUGAACGUAUAAAUGGGACCGCAGUCGAACCAAAAAUGUAUCAAGAUUUUUCCGAUACCUGUAACAAAAUACUGAAAGAAGAGGAAUUAAAUAAAAAUUAUUCUGUUUUAAAUUUAUUUAAAUCAUCACGCUUACGUCAUACAACAAUUUUAUUAAUUAUAAUUUGGAUGGUCAUCUCAUUAUGUUUUGAUGGACAUGUACGAAAUGUUGGAUCAUUAGGUCUGGAUCUAUUUUUAACAUUCACUAUUGCAAGUGCUACAGAAUUACCAGCUGAUACAUUUCUAACAUUAACUUUGGAUAAAUGGGGUAGACGAUGGUUGGCUUGUGGUUCAAUGGUAUUCAGUGGUGUGUUCAGUUUAUUGGCAACAAUGGUUCCCGUGGGUGUACCUUCUGCAACGUUAGCCAUUAUGGGACGAUUCAGUGUUAAUAUUUCAUAUAAUAUUGGUUUACAAUAUAUUGCUGAAUUGUUACCCACGGUUGUACGAGCUCAAGGUGUUGCGCUUGUACAUAUUAUGGGAUAUGUUUCUAGCAUUAUAGCUCCAUUCAUUGUUUUACUUGCUGAUAUAUCGCCUAUGUUACCAUUGUUGGUGCUGGGAAUUAUUGGAAUUGUAGGAGGGGUUUUAUGUUUGUGUUUACCGGAAACGUUAGAUCAAGAUUUACCACAGACCUUACAAGAUGGUGAAAAUUUUGGACGUGAUCAAAAGUUCUGGGACUUUCCAUGUUGUCCUAGAAUAAGAGAAGAAGACAAUAUUGGAUACUUUCGUAGAACUAGUGCAGCUUCUGUGUAUGUAUCUAAAAGGAGUAUAUAUCGUGCAUCUGUACGAGGUGAAAUUCGAUCAAGUAUGAUCAACAGAAGAUCUGAAAUUCGAUUAAAGAAAUCGGUUAACGGUGAUGAGAACUGUUGAGUUGAUAUUCAGUAUCGUUUUCAAAAAAGUAUAUUUGUAAAUAUUUAUUUUUGUAUUUGAAAUUGUGAUAUACUACUAUAUGUAAAUAAUAAUGUAAAAUUAUAAAACGUCUAACAUGAAGCGAUUCCCAAGAACGGGCAAAUUUUAGUCUAAGAAUUUUUUCUGGCUUUUCUUAGGGAACCAAUGACAUUUACCAAAACGCUUGUUUAACAGAGAGCCAUUGUAUGUAAUAAAAUAUUAAAAUUUAUAAUUUAA